GCAAAUCAAUCUAUCAAUUAUAAUAUAGUGGUUACAACUGCGACAUAAUGUCAUCAUUGGUGUAUAUAUUUUAUGUGAAAAUAAGUGGAUUUUUAUAGCUCUUUUUUUGAGUUUUUAUUUUUCUUAGAAAAAAGUAUUAGUGUCAUUGGAUUUAUUUGUGAAAUUUCGAUAAUUAUAACGUCCAUUAGUGGGUAGAUACCAACUUUUCGUGAACAAUAAUUUGAGUAGUUGAAAGCUAAAACAAUGAAAAUCAGCUUCAGAGAUUUUUAUAAAAUAGAUAGUGAAUAUCAAUUGAAAAAUAUAAAACAAUGCAUAUAAAAAUAUCGAUAGUAUUAUCAUUUAGCAUCUUAAACUAAUUAAAAUUGUUGUAACAUUAUGAAAGAUCAAUCUUCAUAUAUAGAUGUCUUGAUAAAGGAGUUGAAAAUUCCAGAAAAGUAUUUAAUAUGCAUGGAAGAAAAAAUUUGUGCUACUGUACAUAAGAAAUGGUUAGCUGGUUUUCUAAACCUCAAUCCAAUUCAUUUCAUUACCCAUGAUCAAUUCAACCCCGAUGAAAUAGCAGCACAACCUUCUUUAGAUGAGUUAGGUAUUGAUUGGAGUAGAAUUUAUAUCAAGGUUUAUAAAAAAAAUCAUCGCAAUGUUUUUACUCUAUCAAGAGAAAGAUGUUCAAUAACUAGUUCUAAAGCAGGAUCUGAAUUGACGUUUUCACAGGUGUCACAUUAUGUAGCUAAAACAAAUUAUCAAAAUCUGUGGAAAUAUUUCUUUAAAAAACAUUUUGCUCUUUGGAACACUUUAGAUUGCAAAGAACAAAAUAAUACAAUAGGAAUUACAAAUGAUAUAGAGUUAAUGAAAGACAUAAUUAGUCGAAUGUAUGGAUGUAUCAUUAUUCAAUUUCAACAAAAUAAUUUGACACUUAUCAAACCGGCAAUUCUUAAUCGUUCUCAUUGCAACCUAUUACCUGCUAUAUUAGCAAUGGAAACUGAAUCUGCAUUUGUGAUUUUUUAUGAGCAAACUGCUAAAUAUUCUCUCAGAGAAUGUGUUAUAUACAGUCCUGCUGCUAUAUCAGUAAGUUAUGCAAAACCAUUAUUUCUCACUUAUCAACUUCUCCGAUUGUCUAGAGAUUUGCAUGAUUGUGGAUUGCUAUUGGGUGAUGUUACCCUUAGUGAUAUAUUAAUAAUGGAUAAUUUCAACAUACGGGUAUUACCAAAUCUAGAUGAUAAUUUUCAUGUGAUCGAUCAUCCAGCAGAAUUAGAAAAUAAUAAAUCUGGUGACAAGUUUAAAGAAAAAAAUAAUAAAAAUCAGAGUAUUACUAAUUUGUGUGAAAUGUGGGUACAUGGCCAAUUGAGCAACUACGAUUAUCUGACUACUUUGAAUAAUUUAGCUGGAAGAAGAUAUUGUGAUCCCAGUUGUCACCAUGUAAUGCCUUGGGUAACUGAUUUUACUUCUCGAUGUGGAGGAAACUGGAGAGAUUUCACAAAAUCAAAAUUUAGAUUGAACAAAGGUGACAGACAACUUGACCUCACUUUCGAUUCUGGAUCAACAGAAGUAGGUUAUCACGUAUCGGAUGUAUUGUCAGAAAUAACAUAUUACACUUAUCUUUCGAGACGUUACUCGAGAUCUAUUUUAUGUAAGCACGUGAGACCCCUUUGGGUGCCUGGCGAAUAUCCUGCAUCUAUUCAGAGAUUAUAUGAUUGGACUCCAGAUGAAUGUAUACCACAAUUUUUCACUGACCCAAGUGUAUUCAAGUCCAUACACGAAGAUUUGCCCGAUUUAGAAAUACCUAAUUGGGCUACAUCUCCAGAAGAUUUUAUUGAAAAACAUCGCGAAGCUUUGGAAAGUACUUACGUUUCUGAAAGACUACAUCAAUGGAUCGAUCUAACUUUUGGUUACAAACUCUCGGGCAUGGCUGCAGUAAAAUCGAAAAAUGUGUGUUUGCAUCUUGUAGACAAUCACAUAAAUCUUUCCAACUUUGGAGUUGUUCAACUAUUUACAAGUCCUCAUCCACAAAAACUAGUCUUAUCUCCAUACUGGAGUAAAAAUCCUCCUAGGUUACGAAAUUUCCCAUACGACGAACGAUUGAUAUCAGGUGUUGAAGAACCCAUUGGCAAAACUGGCAACGAUGAGCAUCACAGUUCUGGCGAUGAAGAAGAGGAUGUACAAGCAACUGCGACAACAAACACUAGAUCAUCACCCUUAACAUUGAGUCGUCUGUUGAGUCGUUCACGAAGCUCACUGCCUCUAAUUGACGAUAAUGGCAAACAAGAGAAAUCAAAUGAACAACCAAUCAUUCUUCCGAAAGACUACAAUCCAGCAUCAGCGUUGAUUCAAGUUGAAACUACUCACGCUUUCAUUAAUAAAGUCAGUCACAACGUUUAUCAACCGAAAAUGUCACCCGGCGAAGGUGUUCUCAAUCAGAAACAGGUCAUAGCAAACGCGAGACUGAAGGAGCAGCAAAUACUCGGUUGUCUGAUUGUUGAAAUAUUUUUAGCGGAAAAGUUUCGAGCAAUAUGGAAAGUCGAGGAAAUAUCAUUUGACAGUCGACUCAAUACAAGUUUGAAUCUUAUAAAAACUUCGUCGAAUAUAUUGCCGAAAUGUAUACAAAGCGCGGUUAUGCUACUAUUGAAGAUUGAUGCAAUACCCAAAAGCUAUAACAUUGAUUUUACUGAAUCGAACGACAAUCCUACGGAUUUGACUAAUAUCUGCAAAUAUCCGACAGUCACGUUUAUGGGACUACCACCACCGUCAGCUCAUCAAAUCCUUCAGCCCGUAUUAUCAGGCUUACUUUUGCCAUCAUCGAAGUACUUACAAUAUUUGUACGGAGUUGUUGAAAUGAUUCAAGAGUAUAACGAUUUGUGUCGCGAGCUCGAUCAAGCGAUGCAAAACGUGGAAGACGACGAAAAUAUGGAAAAGACUAAGAUCAUUUUUCUUUGUAAGAUCAAUGAGUGUAAAGUGAAAACGAUAGCCAAUGAAUUAGAAAAGCUAUUACCACACACUGGAAUUGCUACCGAUACAAGUAUUCAGCUGAUAGUUCCUCACGUUAAGCAGAUUUUUGAACAGUCCUUGAAUGCUGUUCUUGCUGCUUGGCAUCUUUUCGAUCCUAUUGCGAGAGCACUAGGUCCAAGGGAAACAGCCAAAAUAUUUUUAGUUCCAAUUAUGAAUUUGUAUGAUAAAGGCUCACUUAUGGAUAAAUUAUCUUUCGCAAGCUCGUUGCCAGGAAAUUUGGUUACGAAAUUCAAGACGGUUAGAUUGUAUCAUAGAAGUUUUCUCUUGAAACUCAUCGUUCGUCUGGGCUUGAAAGUUUUCUUAGAAAAUUUCAUUACGCCUGUUGUGGAAGCCGUCGGUGGCUACAGGAAUCAUUUAUCAGGAUCUCUUAAUUCAAAUCUCGACAAGGCAGGAACUCUCAAAGAUUGUGAUUUUACUGGUAGCAAUAGUGACGUAGACAUGAUUCUUUCACCGCUCGACGAAGAUUCUUCUGUAGAAUCUGAGCAUAUUCUAUUGUCUUUGAAUGAGCCGAAAACCAACGUUCAUAAUAAAAAUGACGCUAUUUCAGAAAUAACUGAUGAGGUAUUCGUGAUGGAAACCGAGGAUACAUUUGUACCAUCCACUAAUGCCGAGCUGCCUCAGAGUUUGAAUUUUGAUUUCAACUUGGAUAUGGAAGACUUUUCCAGCGAAGCAAAAUCUCCAUUUUCAAGUAGCGCAAAAUCACCAAUAAUACCAAUACCAAAAAGCUUGGAUAUUUCAGCUGGUAAGUCAGUACCGGAAUUCAAUAGUAUUUGUUGUAAAGUAGGAAGCACAACUACCAGCGAAGAUUUGCCUUUUACAAGUUCUUUUACUGAAACCAGCAAUGCUUCAAAAUAUGAGUCUAAUGUUGGAAUCGUGCAAGACGAAGUAAGUAGUUCGACCGAGCCUGAAUCAUCGUUCGUAUACGUACAAAAAGAAGACGAGGCACCGAUAGCAAGCAGGAGGGAUACAAGCAGAGAUGAUGAACACACAAAAAGAAGAUUCAGUUAUAACGAGUGUUCUGCCUCGGAAAUGAGUGCAGAGUCGGUGAUUUGGUUAUCACACAGACUUGGACCUGUACUUACAUCUCGUUAUCUCUCUCGAAAUCUAUUGAGGAUGCUAACACUUUGCUACUUUUCCAAGGAAAAUCUGGCACCGAGCUUUGAAAGCUCCGAAAAGAUGGACAGUUUCGAAUCCAACAGGCUCAGGCUAUCGGGCGAUGCUAACGCGGCCAAGGUACUCGAGUGCCUCAGUUCUAUUGUUGGUCUAUAUGGUGAGCACACGAUCGUUUUGCAGUAUUUUUCUCAUGUAACCGAACUAGUUGCUCAGUGCAAGCGUAAGCUCACGCCAAAUUUAGAAGGGGGACUCAUUUCAUGUUUUGUUUUACUUAUUCAUGUCAUUCCAUGUUUGACUGACUCGUCUCUAAUGGAUGUAAUUAACGAAGGGAUUGUUAAGUCGAUUUUGUUACCAAGUAUUCGAAUUAUUUCAACGACAAAAUUCAGCUUUCCUAACGGUUCAAUGGCUCGUUUUGUUAUGGCCAAUAAAUAUCUCGAAACGCUUCUUUUGUUAGUUAUGCGUUUGGGUAACGCCAUGGCUAAAAAUCAUCUGACGAUGCCUAUUCAACGAUUCUUUUCGGCCUUUGAAAAAGUUUUCAACACUGAUAAAUGUGAAAAAAAUGACGAUGAAUUGGUAAUUAGUUCAAGAGAAGUGAAAUCUGGAGAGUCUGCUUUCACUGAUUCAGCCUCAUCAUCUAUAACGGAAGACGUAAUUACUCCCGAUUCAAAGAAACAUAAGGCAUUCGAAGAGUUGAAAGAAGUUUUUUCGGCUUCUCUUGCCCACAAAACUUACGUGGCACUUUACCGAUUAUUAAAUGAUGAAAUAAUGGAAGAUUUGAUAAAAAAUUACCAACUUAUAAGGGACUUGUUUCAUGAAUUCGAGCAAGAAUUACUGUUUCCAGCUUCCUCUAGUGCUCCUUCUGAAAAUAAGAAAUUUCUUGAUUGUAAUGCAAAAGGCUUCGGCAAAGUUUCGACUAUAGGCAAUAAAAUAAAAAUUCAGGACUUUAUGACAGUCAAACCGCAAUCUACUGACAAUGAAAUGAAUUCAUCAACUCGUGAAUCAAGUCCUUUUUCAUCAGUUGGGCGCCAGUUACGGGGAAAUUGGUUAGCUUACUGGGAGCACGAAAUUGGCCGAUCUGACAAAGAUACAAAAUUCAACAUCAAGCAAAUAAAGUUGCAAACGUUCUCUGGCCAUAGUAAUAGUGUAAGAUGCUUGCACGUAUUGGACAAUGAAAAUAGUUUUAUGAGCGGUGCUCGAGAUCGCUCUGUUAAAUUGUGGAGCUUGAGGAGUCAGGGAGAUGGUAGUGUCGUUUCAUCGUGUCAGUACACUUACGCAGGCCAUAAAAAGUCUAUACUUGCCUUGACUUUCUUAGAGUCCCUUCGAUACACUGUAUCCUGCGACGGUUCCGUACACUGUUGGGAUCCUUUCAUGGGCUCUUUUCUUGGCUGCCCGGAGUCGCCAAGACCUAUACCCGUUAACGUACUUGUUGCUAGCCCAGCUCCGUCCACGACAAUUCUCGCUGCUACUACGGAUAUAACACUCAGAGUUAUUGAUUGUCGAAUAUUUCAAUACGUUAAUGAAAUGAAGGUAUCAAUGAACCCUACUGGAUUAGUCAGGUGUAUCGCGGUAGCUCCGAGCGGCCACUGGGUCGCACUUGGUCAAGCUUCUGGUUUCCUGACCAUCUUGGAUAUUCGCACGGGUUUAGUAAUUGCCUUUUGGAAAGGACACGAAUGCGAGAUACUUCAAUUAGAAACUUUAAAUGAAACAACAAUCAUCAGCUCUUCUCUUGACCAAACUAUUGCUGUAUGGGGUGCAAUGGAUGGCAAAUUGAAGUUUUAUUUAAAGGGUGUGACUGAACCAAUACAUUGUAUGGCAGUUUAUGAACAACAACUCAUUUCGGGAACCACGGCUAACAAAAUAGGCGUACAUUCAACAGUCGAAGCUAGUGCAUCUUACUCUUUCUCCAAACUUCGACAUGACGCUUUCAAGGGAGUUCUAACAACUAUGGCUCUUCUUCCUCUUAAUAGAUUAUUAUUAUUAGGGGCCGAUAAUGGAAAUAUAAAUUUAAUAUGUUAAAAUAUGUAGAAAUUGUAAAUUAUAUGUACAUAAAAAAUGUGUAUAAUCACUUUACACAUACAGGGUGUCCCAUUUUAACUUGCCCAAUAGGAUAUCUAAAACUUGGCAAGGUAAUCGAAAAAUGUUUCAAACGAAAGUUGUAUGGUUCGGAGGGGGUCAACUUAAGAUAACCUCAAACUUGACUUUGAACUUGAUUUUUUUCAUGGAAACCCCUAUUUUUUAUCCCGGAUUCGGAUAGAGCGGAAAAUUUUACGUUUAAAUAUUGUAAUAUGUGUGGGAUCCAAAUCACCCCCACUCCAUUCCCAAAGUCAUUUCAAAAUCAGUCUUACUUUUUAAAUAGGACUCCUCAUUGUUCAUCGCAGGUUUGAAUUCUACGUGAAAUUGUAAGUUUAGAUGAUAGGAUAUUUUGGGGUCUGAAUGAUCCCCACCCCAUCCCCAUAGUCAUGAAUUCAAAUCUGCAUCAAAAAAUGAGGGUUCCCAUUCAAACAGUAAGGUUGACCUUGAAAUGACUUUGAUGGUAGGGUGAGGGGUGAUUUGGAUCCCACACAUAUGACAAUAUUUGAAUGUAAAAUUUCCCGCUCAUUCUGAAUCCGGGAUAAAAUAUAGUGGUUUCCAUUUAAAAAAAUAAAAUUGACCUUCAAAUAACCUUGAAAUUCAAGUUCAAGGUCAAGUUUGAAGUUAUCAUAAAUUGACCCUCUCCAAACUAUACAACUUUU